AACGAACUUUGUCUACCAGUUUAUCGUUAUCCUUUCGUAGAGAUGAAAGUAUGACAUCAAAACAUUUAAUUCGUCUGAAAAGUGUAUUAAAAAGUAGAUAUGUGUUAUCAAAUGGAAUUUUCAGAAGUAAACAUGUGUGGAGUAAUGAAAAUGUGGUUAAAUCACCAUUUCGUGACGUAGAGAUACCAAAUACAACACUUAAUGAAUAUGUUUGGAGGAUUUUGGAUAAGCAUCCUACUAAAACUGCAGCGGUAUGUGGGAUCACCAACCGAAGCUACACUUACGAGAAAAUGUACAAGCAGUCUCAAAUAUUUGGAGUCAAUUUGAGGAAAAAGUUUAAAAUCAACGAUGGUGACACUGUAGGCGUGAUGUUGCCCAACAUGCCAGAAUUUGCUAUAAUAUUCUUUGGAGUAAUGUUUUCAGGGGGCACUGUUACUACAUACAAUCCUAUUUAUACUGCUUAUGAAGUACAACGACAGUUAACCAUAUCAGAAACAAAAAUAAUCAUCACACACCCAAAUUUAGUCCCAAUAGUUAGAAAAGCAUUAGAACUAUCCAAGAAAGAAAUACCAAUAAUAUCUGUUAAUAUAAACGAAGAGUGUCCUGAAGGAACAAUUGCAUAUAAAGAAUUGAUCGAUGGAGAUCAUGUUGAUUUUGAUAUAUUAAAACAAGUAAAGAUGAAUGCUGAUGAUGUAUGUGUGUUGCCAUAUUCCAGUGGAACAACAGGAUUGCCAAAAGGUGUGGAAUUAACACAUUGUAACAUAAUUGCUAAUUGUGAACAACAAAAUACUGACUGCAGACUUCAUACUUUGACAACAGAAACCAAUCAAGACGCCGUACUUCUUAUUCUUCCUAUGUUUCAUGCUUACGGGCUAUCUAUUAUUAUGUUACACAAGCUCUCAGUUGGUUUAAAGUUGGUGACCUUGCCUAGAUUUCAGCCUGAUACGUUCUUACAAGCAUUGCUUGAAUAUAAAAUUAACUUAUUAUAUUUAGCUCCACCUUUAGCUCUGUUUUUGGGAUCUCAUCCUGAAGUGAAUGAAAGACAUUUGGGACAUGUCCACUCCAUAACAUGCGGUGCUGCACCACUGCCUACAGCUGACAUUCAUAAACUUUUAGGUAAAGUUCAGCACGACAUUCAUUUUGGACAAGGUUAUGGUAUGACCGAAGCUGGUCCAUUGGUAUCAAUCGCUCCUUUGGGUUGCAAAAAUUACGAAUCAGCCGGUUAUCCCUUACCGAAUAUUCAGUUACGAGUUGUUAACGAAAAUUUGAAAAAUCUUGGCCCUGGUCAGGUGGGUGAACUACUAAUCAAAGGUCCAAAUAUAAUGAAAGGCUAUAAAAACAAUUUGGAAGCCAAUAAAGAAGUAUUUUUAGAUGAUGACUGGUACAGAAGCGGCGAUUUGGCAAGAAUUGAUGAAGGUGGCCUCAUAUACAUAUCUGAUAGAUUGAAAGAGCUUAUAAAGGUAAACGCCUACCAAGUUCCACCAGCGGAAUUAGAAAGUGCAGUCAAAGACCAUCCUGCAGUACAUGACGCAGCUGUUGUCGGUGUACCAGAUCCUAAAACAGGAGAGAGACCCAAGGCAAUAGUAAUAUUGAAAAGUGGAGUUAAAGCUACCGGCGAAGACAUAAUGAAUUUUGUCAAUGAAAAAGUAGCGCCAUAUAAGAAGAUCAAAGAAGUAGAAUUUGUGGAUAGUAUACCAAAAAACGCUUCUGGGAAGAUACUAAGACGAGUUUUAAAAGAACAACAAAUAGGAAAAUAAAUUUACUUAUUAAACUGUGUCUCAAGUAUUU